AUGUUUGUUGUAUUUGCAAUAGCUCUCCUCUGUUUUGUAUCUGUGAGCAGUUCAGCUCCUCUGGCCUGUGAAGACCUGGUCCGACCUUUGGAUCAGAUGGAUCCUCAUCUUUUGAGUGGACGAUGGGUUGUGGUAGCCGGCAGCUUGAAUGACUCAUCAGCUGAGAAAACCCUUAAAGACAGAGACAGUGUUGCCAUCGAUUUCUACAAUUCCUCAUACACGCAGUCAAACAUGGUUGGAGGCCAGUGUCGGUAUCAUACCAGAAACGUCACCAUGGACAAUCACAUUGUAAAGUUAUAUGUGGGGACCUUCAACUUCACUGGGACCUUCUUCUCCACAUCGUGUCCAGACUGUCUGCUGUUGACUCUUGAUAUUGAGUCGCCUACCUUUAAGUCAGUGGACUUUUACCUGUUUAGCAGGAGGAGAGAGGUGGGUCAGAAGGAGAUAGAGGAGUUCAGAGCUCAGGUGGAGUGUCUGAAUCUGCCUCCACCCGUUAUAAUGGAUCCCACCAAGGAGCUCUGUCCAGAACAGACAGCCCACCAACCUGAGGAGAAGGAGGAGGAUCAAAACGUGUAA